GACUUGGCAUUCUUCCCUCACCCGGUCGCCCCUCCAUUCUUCGCUCGGGGUCCACGUAUUGCCGGGCCCGCUGUCAGUGGCAGUCUGACAAAUCGCCUCGGCGCCUGGACGGUGGACACCGCUUCUUCUCCAGUUCAAGACUUCAAGUGCCACACCGCAGAGUCGCCUUCCCAUCUCGCCGCGCCAUGGAUUUCUGCCGCCACCUCCUCCUCGCCGCGGUGCUCGUGCUCGUGCUCGAGCUCCUCCUUGCCGGCUGCGCCUCUGCGGCGAGCCGGGGCGCUGGUUCCUUCGACCCCUCCCGCGUGGUCCAACUCUCGUGGCGCCCCAGGGCGUUCCUGCACAAGGGUUUCCUGUCGGAUGCGGAGUGCGACCACCUCAUCGUGCUGGCCAAGGACAAACUGGAGAAGUCUAUGGUAGCGGACAACGAGUCCGGUAAGAGCGUCCAGAGCGAGGUGCGCACCAGCUCCGGCAUGUUCCUGGAGAAGAAGCAGGAUGAAGUAGUAAGGGGAAUAGAGGAGAGGAUAGCUGCUUGGACAUUUCUUCCACCAGAGAAUGGUGAAUCCAUUCAGAUAUUACACUACCAGAAUGGUGAGAAAUACGAACCCCACUAUGACUACUUCCAUGACAAAAAUAAUCAAGCCCUGGGUGGCCAUCGCAUUGCCACUGUGCUCAUGUACUUAUCUAAUGUUGAGAAGGGUGGAGAGACCAUCUUCCCCAAUGCAGAGGGGAAGCUAUUACAACCCAAGGACGACACAUGGUCUGAUUGUGCAAGAAAUGGAUAUGCAGUUAAACCGGUAAAGGGUGAUGCCCUGCUGUUCUUCAGUCUCCACCCUGAUGCAACAACAGACUCUGAGAGCUUGCACGGUAGCUGCCCCGUCAUCGAAGGCCAGAAGUGGUCCGCAACUAAAUGGAUCCAUGUGAGGUCGUUUGAUCUCCCUGUCAAGCAGCCGGGUUCCUCUGACGGAUGCGAGGACGACAAUGUCCUCUGUCCCCAGUGGGCGGCCGUGGGCGAGUGUGCCAAGAACCCUAACUACAUGGUUGGGACCAAGGAAGCUCCUGGCUUUUGCCGGAAGAGCUGCAAAGUAUGCGCAGAGUAAGGUAUUGUUAAUCCACUGUCUGAUGAGUAUCAUGGCGUGUCGCAUAGUUUCUGUUCCCAUUACCAGGGUUUAGAUACGACUGUUUAUAGCAUGUAUAAGUGCAACCCGGAAGAAGGAAUCGUAAGAGGUACGAGAACUCAUGCCUUGUCCAUCCAAAGUUCAAAAAUGCGGACGGGUUACCUUGUUGAGUUGAGCAAUCUAAUCAAUGGCCAGGGUUCGAGCAAUCUUGCUUCCUUCAUUUGGCGUGAUAUAACUUGUCUUGUGGCCUGUGGGAAA